GGAGCGCCACAACCUGUGACUGCGGGCGCUGAAACGCUAAACCUUUCCUGGAAACGGAUUCCCGGGAACCUCCAGCUGAACCGAGCUGCUCUCUGACUGUGCAGCAGCACUUUCCACACAGCUCCCUCUGCAGCUGUGCUCUCAUUUAAGCAGAGGAGCUUCUCCUGUCCAGACUGCUGGAACCACUAAGACGUUUAUUCACUGGAUUUAGGUUGUUGUUUUUUUUAGUGGUGGAAAUUAUUUUCUUUCUUUCUUGAUUUCAGUGUCAGGCCGUGAUGGUUGCCCGUGCAGCGACCAUUUUGCAUCACGAGGAGCCGCAAAGUUCCUGCUACCCACAACCCUUGCCUCCAGCCUGGAACCCGGCACAGGACCUCCAAUGCAUCACCACCAAUUUCCAGUAUCUGCAGACCUCAGGUUGGUACUGGGGUUCUAUCUCAGCGAGCCAAGCUCGGGAAGUUCUCCAGUCCAAGUCUGAAGGGACAUUCCUGGUGCGGGACAGCAGCCACCCUCAGUACAUGCUGGCCCUUUCGGUAAAGACCCGCUGCGGGCCCACCAGUGUGCGCAUCGAGUACAACAGAGGCAGCUUCUGGCUGGACUCCACGUUGCCCCAGUUGCCCCACCUACAAGCUUUCCCAGAUGUUCCAAGCCUGGUCCAGCACUACACCGCCUCAGGCCAGACGGCGCAGGACCUGGAGUCCAUCCGGCCCCAAACCAAGCCGGACCCAGUGCAGCGCGCGGCUAAAGACAGCGGCGUUCCUCUUAAGCUCCUGCAUCCGUUGCACAACGUGCAGCAGGAUUCUCCUUCUCUGCAGCACCUGGCACGCCUCGCCAUCAACAAACACACAAACUGCACCGACCAGCUGCCCCUCCCAAAGCCGCUGCUGCGCUUCCUGCAGAACUACCCUUUCUUCAUAUGAAGACGGCAGCCCGGCGGACGCAGAGGGACAAAGAUACAGGAGCACGGUUGAGAUUCCUGUCCAUGACAAUGGAUGUGGAGCUGAGUUAGGAUCCUGCAUCAGAUUCACUGGAGCACAGGGAGAGAAGACAGAGAUGGUCCAAGUACAAGAAACAACGCAACGUUACUUCACAUAAAUGAGUUUGAGCUUAUUCCAGCACAGCAGCUUUUCCCAAAACCGAUUUCUACGUUUACCUUAGCGACUGUGAAACCUGCAUUGAAUGCCAAUAUGUUUUAUUCUGAGCUGCAAAAGAAAACCUGUGGACUUUAAAUGGUUGACAAUGAGGCAGAGGUAGCUUUGCAGAAUAAACCAAAUUAUCUGAGUCGUUCGGUUUGAAGAACUUUAAUCACUUUAACACUGGAGAAGAAGGUUAAAAAUGAGUGUUGGUCAUGUUUUUGUCAGUCUUAACGCAGCGCAGUGUGUGGUAAAUAUAUGCUGCAAAACUGAACAAAUUCAGGACUGAGGAUAAUCUUCGUCUUGUUUCUGUUGGACAUGCAGUUCUUUUGCAAAAAUAUUUCUACCCCUGAACUUUUUCACAUUUUGUCACAUUACCUAAUUUAAUGUAUUUUAUUGGGAUUUUAAGCUAAGACCAGCAUAAAGUAGCACACAAUUGUGAAGUGGAAUGAAAAUUAUGUUUCAUUUUAAAAAGAUAAAUAAAUUACAAAUAAAAAACUUUAAAACAAUGGCCUGCACACGUGCUCUGAUAGUCCAAUAAAAAUCUAUUGCAGCCACUUGUACAAGUCACCUACUUAGUUAAUAGAAUAAUCCAUCUGUGUGUAAUCUAAUUUCAGUGUAGCUUCGGCUGUUCUGUGAAGGCCUCAGAGAUUUAUUAGAGAGCAUUAGUGAACAAACAGGACAGGGAGAAAGUUGUUUGAGAAGCAUAACGCAGAGUUAGGUUAUAAAAACAAUAUUUCAACCUUUAAACGUCACACAGUCAGGGAGAAAAGAGUAUGGCAAAACUGAAACCCCCUAGAAAAGCUAAACAGAUUCACAGCUCAGGUGGGAUAAUCUGUCUGAAAAUCUGGAAGAGUUGGAAGAAUAAAGUUAUUAUUGAAAGAAAACUGAGAGAUGUUCCUUCAGCAGUUUAC